UCUAUCUCUUUUAUUUUUGUUUGGUCAGAUUCUUCCUCUCUAUUUGCCGGAAAAAAAAAAAAAAAAGAUUCUUCCUCUAGCGAAGCUAGCUAGUCGUGAGAGUGGUACUUGCAGUCUCUUCCACCAUUCAUUUAUAAGUUACGUACUGCAUGACAGUGUAUAAAUUUCUAAACGGAUGCCAUGAGCACACAUUGAGUUCAUCAUAGGGCUUACUCUUCAAGAAAAAGACAUGCCGCUAAUACUCGAACUCGAAGAUGAAGAAUCUCCAAUGGUGGCGGGUCAAGUCUUGACCCUUGCUGUCCAAAGUCCAACGUUGAAGAGGGAAGAACGCAAGCGCUUACAGCACGGCCCCCAUUUCUCCAAAUGGAAGGUUCUUGUUGCGCCUGGAAAGGAUGGAGCUGAAAGGUACAGAGUUCAAAACCUGCCUGGAAACGAGAGCCCAGGAGUGUAUGAACUCGGAGUUGCUGUUCCGCCCAGUGGUUCAGGCCGUGGGAUUAAAGCGGAUCAAAUAGUCCCGGUUUAUGUUGGACAAGCUGAUAGUGCGAGGACAAGGCUUCAGCAGUAUGGCCGGACAGGGGCUCAUUUGGGGAGGUCAUGCUCAGGGAAUCCGAGUGAGCAAAUCUGUAAGGGGCCCGGAUUGAUUGAGGAGAUGCUGGAAAGUGGAUACUCCAUUGUGUAUAGAUGGGCUCCUAUGGGAACCAAAAGUGAGGCGGAGAGAACAGAAAGACAGCUGCUUGACACACAUGAUUAUGCGUGGAACACAAGGAUCAAUGGUGCACGGCGCCGUGAUGAUGUCCUUCAGAAACUCAAGGAAAUUCCCUCAAAACUUACCCGAUUUACUAAUAUUGUCCCGAGGCCUCUACCUUCCAGACAGAAGCAAGUCGGUAUUAGAAUUAACUCCAGCAAUCUGGUUUCAACAGAGGACAAGUUCAGUAACUAUGCUGAUAGGGAGAGCAGGAAUCUCAUACCCCAAGUUUUCAAGUUUGGCAGAUCACAGCCUAGGUUAGUUUUGGAUGGAAGUGGGAUUACUUGGGAAGAUACUAUAAUUUGUGGGGUGGCUGUUGGUGAUGGGUCCAUAUGUAGAAAGGCACCAGUUCAAGGAAGAAAGAGGUGUGCUGAACACAAAGGGACAAGGAUUACUGAAUCGAUUACAGCUAGCAAUGCCGACUCAAAAAGCAGUUUUAUCGGCACCAGAGAGUUGAUUUCAUAUAAAAGUGGCAUUACUCAGGAGAACACUGAAAUUUGUGGGGUGGUUACAGGUAAUGGGUCUACUUGUAGAAGGCCUCCAGUUCCAGGAAGAGUGAGGUGUGCUGAACACAAAGGGAUGAGGAUUACUGGAUCGACUACAGCUAGCAGUGCCGACUCAAAAAGCAGUUUUAUCGGCACCAGAGAGUUGAUUUCAUAUAAAAGUGGCAUUACUCAGGAGAACACUGAAAUUUGUGGGGUGGUUACAGGUAAUGGGUCUACUUGUAGAAGGCCUCCAGUUACAGGAAGAGUGAGAUGUGCUGAACACAAAGGGAUGAGGAUUACUGGAUCGACUACAGCUAGCAAUGCCGACUCAAAAAGCAGUUUUAUCGGCACCAGAGAGUUGAUUUCAUAUAAAAGUGGCAUUACUCAGGAGAACACUGAAAUUUGUGGGGUGGUUACAGGUAAUGGGUCUACUUGUAGAAGGCCUCCAGUUCCAGGAAGAGUGAGGUGUGCUGAACACAAAGGGAUGAGGAUUACUGGAUCGACUACAGCUAGCAAUGUAGACUCAAGAUGCAGUUUUAUCAGCAACAGAGAGUUUGUUUCAUAUGAAAGUGGCAUUACUUGGGAAAACACUGGAAUUUGUGGGGCACGUACAAAUACUGGGUCUGCUUGUAGAAGGCCUCCAGUUCAAGGAAGACAGAGGUGUGCUGUACACAAAGGGAGGAGGAUUUAAUUAUAGUUAGGAAUCAGAUAAGAAUGUGGAUUCAAAAUGCAGUGUUCUCAGCAACAAAGAGCUUGAUAGUCAUGGUGCAUCAAAUGUGAAAUAUGAACCGGUAGAGCUUCCACCAGUUCAUGUUAGUGAGGUGUGAUGAGCACAAAGGGAGAGGGAUCCAGAAAUCCAAUUGUAAGUUGGUGAAAGAAGAAAAGGUCGAAAUGUGUGCUAAUUUACAGAGCUGUUCUAUACUAUAGUGUGUGAUUUAUAGUUUCAUGCUUAUGUUGUAGCAUUCAGCCUUAAUCUGUAUGAUAGCCUUUUAAGUUAUUGUUGUACCCUGUAGAAAUUGGGUUGUAUCAUGUACUCUCUAACGUAUUUUAGUUACUAUCUUGUUGUAUU